GUUGGUUUAUAAGACAGGGUAAGAGGCUGCUGGUGACACAGCCCAGUGCCCAAGCUGGAGCGGCCUGUCCCUAUCGACAGUUAACCUGUCGCGACGGCGGCCCCGGGCGCAGAGCGGCGGACUGGCUGGUAGCGGGCCGUCACGUGGCCGGAAGGCGCGCGUUGCCAUGGCGAGGGCGGGUGGCGGGAUGGCGGCGCCGUUCUGGGCGCUGCGCUGCUGCCGCUGCCGCCUCUUCCAGGUGCAGCAGGUGGGUGCGGGCCGGGCCGGGCCGGGGAGCGGGCUGCGGGCCGGCACUGACCCCCUCUGCGCCCUCCUAGGCCAAGCGGAGCGGGAAGUGGAGCUGCAGCGUGUGCGGCCAGCAGCAGGCGGUGCAGAAGGUUUAUGGCCAAGGGUCAGGCCCAGACUGUCGGCACCACGUCCAGAAAUUAAACUUGCUGCAGGGUGCGUAGAAGAAUCUGUAAAUGACAGUAAAAAUGUAGCAGCCCAACGUGAAGACAGUUCGCUCCAGCAGGAGGGAAGGGCAGAAGUCAGCCGCUGGAGUAAAUAUCUGGACAAGGACAGUGAAGGUCAGGAAGAUGGGGAGGAUGAGGCAGGUAUGGAAAGGCAACAGUUCUGUUCCCGGAGGAAGAACACUGUGGAAGAACAAAGGAAACAGCAGAACUUUCUCUCCAGUGAUGUUCAAGACUACGCAGAGGAAAACGGAGCUUUCCAGCUUGCCUACGGAGCCAAAAAGGUUAAAACCUUUGAGCGCAAGAAAUGUGUAGUAGCAGUGGCUGAUCAAGAUGACGGUGAUGCUGUUUCUGGAGACAGUAUGGUUCCUGCUGUCUGUGAGUCUGUAGCGCCUGAGGAGAAUACACAAACCCCAACUGCUUGUACCAAACCCUCCAAGUGGGAAGAAUUUCUCUCAUGUUCUGACAGCUGUAGCAAAAAUGCUGCCAGGGUCACCUUGUCACCACAGGAGGGCAGUGGAAGGUUGGAGCUACACAGCACCACCGCAGCAGAUGACGGUGUGGCCAGUAGAUGCUUAGAACAGGCUGGAAGAGCUCUACCUCCAGGUACAGGUUUUGAAUUUAAAAAGCAUGUUGCUAACACUGAACGGCUUGCCUUAAAGCUGCUUGGCACCAGCAGCAGUUGCUCAGUUGAGGAUGACGUGCUGUUCGGAGAACCUCAAAGCCAACUGAUAAGGGCAGGAUCUGGUGUCUCAGGGCCCACUGCAGGAAGGUGCUGUUUGGAGAGCAUGAGGAGGGCAAACGCCCUUGUUAACUGUAACACCGGGCCAAACCCUAGCAGUGUUUCUUGUGAGCACCUCUUCUGCACAGGUGAGGAGUUUGAUGAUGAUCUCUGAGAUGCUCAGGCAUCUUUGGCAUUGCUUUGUUUGUCUCUAUAAUGUAUUUGGUACGUUGAGUACUUGAGGCAAGAUUUUGACCUGAAGAUGGCUGUACAGAACUGCACUUAUUAAAGAAGUUUACUUGCUCUGUGGCUGUUUUUGAGGAAAAGGGUAGGAGGGCAGAAGAGACUGUUGCAGCAGGCAAGUACUAGGAUUACACAGUGUUAUCUAACAACCACAUCAGCUAGAAAUAAGAAUAGAAAUAGGUCAGCUUCAGGGGAGAAAGCUCUAAGGCAUCCUGGUCAGUACAAUUAAAUUCUGUAAUUAAUUCCCCAUUACAAACUCCAGCUCUUCUCCUGUUCCACCUCUUUGUUUAGAUCUCCCCUAGCAACCCUUUCUUCCAGCGCUGCAGAGCAGGCUUUGGAGCCAGCAAAGCAUUUA